CUCUUGUAUCGUAUUCACACAAAAACUUACAACAAACACAAACACACACCAAUUUUUACUUGUACCCUUACUUGUAUAUAAUGCAUUAUCUUAUCCCUGACCUUUACCUUAACCAUCAAAAACAAAAUGCCUAACCCCAGCUCUAAGGGUUCGAGAUCAUUCUCUUUCCAGAAGCUACCAGGUCCCUAUGUGGUCCUACAGCUGUUACCCCCACCCCAACUGUCUCCAUGCACACACAAUCUUUUAAACCCCCCUCCCGCCACUUUGGCAUCAGGCAUUUGCUGGUGAGUUCUCAGCUGUCUGUGCCCUAAAUAGACCUUAUCAGGAGCAGACCACCUUUGAGGGAGUCACUCUCACAGAAUUUAUUGAAUGGAAAAUAACUGUUUUACUCAUCAAGCUUUGGAUAAUUCAAAGAUCCCAGAAGGACAUUUGGUGCAACACAAGUAAUCAUGGUUUAUUAUGACUUUUGGUACAAAGCUGUUCUUUGGGGUUAUGGUGUGCUUGGAGUGAACCCCUAUGUGUAAUGGAUGGUCCAUUUUGGCUCUGUCCCACCUCAUUGAGAUCCACUAUAAAUAUAUACUGAGGAGUUGGUGGGGGAAGAUUACAUAAGAAAGUUUGUCACAAGCACUGCGGACUGGAGGUCCAGACCAUCUACGCAGAGCAAGACACACAACCCACCCUAAAGAUGGGAGACCCAAUUCAGUUAAAAGACGACGGGAACAAAUUCUUCCAGGCAGGAGAUAUCGACAAGGCCAUUCAGUGCUACACUGAAGCCAUCAAGGUGUGCAAGGACAAAAAAGUGCUUGCUGUCAUUCACAGGAACAGAUCUGCAUGCUACCUAAAAAAGGAAAACUAUGCCAAUGCAGCUUCUGAUGCAUCUAAAGCAAUUGAUGUUGAUGCAGCAGAUAUUAAAGCCUUGUACCGGCGUUGCCAAGCUCUGGAGAAGCUAGGAAAACUGGACAUGGCUUUCAAAGAUGUGCAGAGAUGUGCCACCAUCGAACCAAAGAACAAGACCUUCCUGGAGACUCUCCGCAGGCUGGGAGCAGAGAUCCAGGCCAAGCUCAAGACAACAUUCUCCACAGAUUCGAGGGUACAGAACAUGUUUGAUAUUCUCCUUGAUGACGAAAUGGAAAAGGAAAAAAAGGAAAAGGCUGCCAACAACCUGAUUGUGCUGUCCAGAGAGGACGCUGGAGCAGAGAGAAUCUUUCAGAACAACGGAGUGCCUCUGCUGCUCAACAUGAUAGAGACAGGCAAACCAGAGAUGAUUCUAGCUGCCGUUCGUACUUUGUCAGGAAUGUGCACAGGACACAAAGCUCGGACCAUGGCCAUUAUUCACAUGGUGGGCGUUGAUAAGAUGUGCAGCAUCAUGGCCAUUGACAAUGAGGAGAUCGCACUGGCAACCUGCAACCUCUUCCAGUGCAUCAAUGACUCCCUCACUGGUGGAGAUAAGAGGGAAUACGGGAAAGAAGAGGCCUUGGUUUUGGAUGCAUCAAAAGACCUGAAAACCAUUCUUCUCUCUCUGCUGGAGAUGAUUGCUAGUAAAAAGGUGUCUGGCCAUGGCAGAGACCAGGCGCUGAACCUCCUCUGCAAGAAUGUACCUCGCAAAGACAAGAAAGACCAAGACAAUUCCAAGGCCCUCUUCACUAUUGACCACGGUCUAAAGAAGAUCCUCAAGGUGUGUGGUCAGGUUCCCGAACUGCCAGAUCAGCUGCCCUUAACAGACAAUACACAGCUGAUUGCCAGUGUGCUCCUCAACAAAAUCUAUGAUGACCUCAAGUGUGACCCAGAGAGAGACAACUUCAAGGACAUCUGUAAUGAAUAUAUCAAAUCUAAAAUUGACCCCAACGACAUGGACAAGACCAUCCAUGCUAUCAACACCAUCUCAGGGCUACUUCAGGGUCCCUUUGAUGUCGGUAACGCCCUGGUUGGACAUCAAGGCAUAAUGGAGAUGAUGGUUGCGCUGUGUGGCUCAGAACGUGAGGUGGACCAAAUGGUUGCUGUGGAGGCGCUGAUCCAUUCCUCCUCAAAAAUGAGCCGUGCCAGCUUCAUCAUCACCAAUGGUGUGUCCCUGCUUAAGGACAUCUACAAGAAGACCAAGAACGAGAGGAUUAAGAUACGUGCGCUAGUGGGUCUCUGUAAACUGGGUUCAGCUGGAGGUGAUGAUUACAGUUUAAGGCAGUUUGCUGAGGGCUCCACAGAGAAGCUGGCCAAGCAGUGCAGAAAGUGGCUCUGCAAUCCCCAAAUUGAUACCAAAACAAGGAAGUGGGCUAUAGAGGGUCUUGCUUAUCUGACAAAUGAUGCUGAUGUGAAAGAUGACUUUGUUGAGGAUGAGCUUGCCAUGAAAGCCAUGUUUGAACUGGCUAAGUCCAAGGAUAAGACAGUUUUGUAUGCAGUAGCUUGCACCCUGGUUAAUUGCACCAACUGCUAUGAGAAAAAGGAAAUUAUACCUGAGCUGGUUCAACUGGCCAAGUUCUCAAAACAACAUGUGCCUGAGCAGCACCCCAAGGACAAGAAGGACUUUAUUGAGAAGAGAGUGAAAAGGCUGCUUAAAGCUGGAGUCACAUCAGCUCUUGCUGUCAUGGUCAAAGCAGACAACUCCAUAUUGACAGACCAGACCAAGGAAAUGCUGUCAAGGGUUUUCUUGGCAUUGUCAGAGGAUCCCAGAGAUCGUGGUACUAUUGUUGCCCAAGGAGGGGGAAAGGCUUUGAUACCACUUGCUCUGGAAGGGACAGAUGCCGGGAAGGUGAAGGCCGGCCACGCCCUUGCCAAGAUUGCAGCUAUUUCCAACCCAGAAAUCGCCUUCCCUGGUGAGAGGGUGUAUGAGGUGGUGCGGCCUUUAGUUAACCUACUUAGCACAGACAGAGAUGGAACGCAGAACUAUGAAGCUCUGAGAGGCCUCACCAACUUGGCUGGUUACAGUGAAAAAUUAAGAGUAAAGAUCGUGAAAGAGAAAGCUCUACCAGAGAUUGAGAACUACAUGUUUGAGGAGAAUGACCAGAUCAGACAGGCUGCCACUGAAUGCAUGUGCAACCUUGUUACAUGUAAAGAGGUCCAAGAUCGUUACCUCCAAGAUGGCAAUGAUAAGUUGAAGCUGCUGGUGCUGCUAUGUGGCGAGGAUGAUGAGAAACUUCAGUUAGCUGCAGCUGGAGCUCUGGCCAUGCUCACUGCUUCUCAGAAGAAGCUCUGCACCAAACUGACCCUGGUGACCACCCAGUGGCUAGAGAUCCUGCAGAGAAUGUGUCUCCACACUAACCCUAAGAUACAGCACCGUGCCCUUGUGAUUAUCUACAACAUGCUCGACUCAGACAACAGUGAGCUGGGCAAGAAGCUGAUUGAGAGUGAGAUGCUGGAAAUCCUCUCAGUGAUUGGCAAGGCGGAGGACAAUCCCAAGAGGCAGGAGGGUAUCGAUGUAUCACGAAUGUGCCUGGUCAAAGCGAUGGAACUUGGUCUCAUCAAACCCUUCUCCAGCCCUUCUUAAAAUGCUGGCAACAAGAAAAACAACAGCAACGGACAUUCUUUUUAUUCCCUCUUUUAAAUACAGACUUUUUUUUUGCUAAUGAUUUUUCAACAUCAAAGAUAUUAAAGGAUUCCUAAAUCUCUAAAGACAAUCUCUCACAAUAUAAAUAUAAAUCAGUGUUGUUGUAUAAAAUCUAUUAUUUCUGUUUGUGCUGAACUGUGUCUGGUACAACUUGUCAUGCCAGACAACAAGGGAAAAAACCCAAACACAGUAAGAGGAAGCAGCAGGAUGACGUCAGUGGCUGCACAGGUGAUGUCCAUUUUUCAUGUGAACACAGUGAAAACUUCUCCUUACAGCGUCGAAUUAUUUUUGUUUUCUGCUGUUACAAGUGAUGAUGUUCUUUCUUAGGAAAAGGUUCCAUAAACUGAAAUUUGACAUUGCUUCAAGUCACUUCCUUCACAAGCUGUGACAUUUGAACUAAAUGCAAAACACACAGAGCUCAAAACAAUAACAAAUUAUUACUGUAAUAAAGCUACUAUUUUUGACAUACACACACUUACUUCCAUAACUUGCUUUACCCUUUGAUACAAUUUUGUUAAACUCAGUUUGCACCCAGAUUUCUUAGACCAACCAACUGUAAAUUUGAUCAUAAUAAUCCCUGGUAAGCCAUUUCAUAUCUUAUGUACAUUAUUUUUGAGUGGAGGGGUUUAUAACGCAAAAGUCAAUGCAGGGGUCUUGUGUUGCCUUAGAAAUUUUGUCAGUUCAUGCCAUAACUCACAUGCAAUAGCUUUUCUGAAUGAUGUUUUUAGAAAAUAUCUGCCUUUUAAAAAAAAAAAAGUAAAUUACCACUGUUUUAUUAAA